GUUUAUCGUAGCAACAACAUCACAACGAGGCAGCGCGGCCAUAUUUGCGUUCGAUGGAACCUUCCAUCGCGGUGUCCUUGGCGCAAUGGUUUUGUUCCAAAAUAUCAAUGUAAAAGCAAGAAUAGAAGCUUUAUGGCGAGGAGAGAUCUACGAAGGCACUGUUAGAUAUACCGGUGUUCUCGUUGGUCGAUCUGGAGAGUGGGUUGGAGUCGAACUGGAUCGAGCAGUUAGUGGUGGUAAUAGUGGUCUAUAUAGGGGAAUACAGUACUUCAGUUGUCAACUUGGUCAUGGAAUUUUUGUUCAUGCCAGGAACAUACGUUUUAUGCCCAGUAAAAGAAUGUUGUUCAACAGUUACAAGAAAGUCUCUACAACUUCAAGCAUYGAUACAACUUUAUUUGGAAGCCAAGUCAAGUUCCUAGAUAAUAUAUCAAGUCAAAGAGUACAACAGCCAUCUUGUGUUACAUCAAAAUAUGUACAACAGUUAUUGGAUGAACCAAAAAGGAUUUCAUAAAAGCCAUCUUGUGGGUAACCACAUCAGACCUGCAACAGCACAACCACAGCGACAGAAGACUAGCARUGUAAAUCCCUAYAAAGAUGCYUUCAUUAGCCCRGCAUCAAUAUCAGCAACUCACGUCCCAAGACCGUUGUUAAAGAGAAUGGUUAGACAAGAUUACUUUGGUACAACAAUUCCACGUAAUACAAGUCUGUCAUAGUAUUUUUUAAAAGUCUUCAUUUAGUGAUUUUCUUUCAUCAGUGUAGAAAGAAAACGUUCUGAACAGUAAUGGUACUCAUUAUAUUUAACUUUGUUAUUUGACUGGUGAUAAGAGAAAAUUACAAAUUCUUUAUUAUCUGUAGCGGACCUCUGUAGCUUUGCAAUUGUUCAGAUUUCAGUGAAAACAAAUGGAAAUUUAGACUAAACCUUCUCCUUCUCUCUGAACUAGUUGAACUUUUUAACAUUAACAUAUUUCGCAUAUGCAUAUUAUGCUUUUCUUUUUUCUAAACAGUGUUUUGCAAGAUAAAAUGAGAUAAUUUAUAUAAUCCGAUUAAUGUCGUUUUUUUAUAUAGUAGUUCAGUUGUUUUAAUAAAACUCACAUACUUAAAAAGAA